AGUAGCCUUCCCAGUAAUGACGCUUCCCCCACCGCGAAGCAGCUAGACGUGCAGACCGUCUCAGCUUUCCACCGUGAGUCGCCAACACCCUCGGCUCGGGUCCCAGGGUCGCAAUCACUCCUUGGAGACCUCCAGCACGUCUGCCAGAGCCACGCGCAGGGAAGGUGGUGCCACCGCGCGCCAACCUGGCGCGGCCGUGACGUCAGGCUUGCAUUAGAUUAGCAAUUGGCUGGAGGCAUGUGGCGCGGACGGACACUGGCGCGAGCGAUUGGAUGUGCCGUUAGGGGGCGGGGCCUGGGGGCGGAGCAUGCUGCGGAGAGUGUUGAAGUACCGGGAUCCGCACAGCUUCUCAACACCUCCAACUGGAAUCUCUGUGUUCUAGGUCAGAUCAGACAUUCUGUCACAAUGCCUGAAAUAAAUACCAGCAAUCUUGAUGAAAAGCAGGUCCAGCUUCUAGCAGAGAUGUGUAUUCUUAUUGAUGAAAAUGACAAUAAAAUUGGGGCUGACACCAAGAAAAAUUGUCACCUGAAUGAAAACAUUGACAAAGGAUUAAUACAUCGAGCUUUUAGUGUCUUCUUAUUUAAUACUGAAAAUAAGCUCCUGCUACAGCAGAGAUCAGAUGCUAAGAUUACCUUUCCAGGUUGUUUCACCAAUAGUUGCUGUAGUCAUCCAUUAAGUAACCCAGGUGAGCUGGAAGAAAACAACGCCAUCGGUGUGAAACGAGCGGCGCAGAGACGCUUAAAAGCCGAACUGGGAAUACCCUUAGAAGAGGUUGAUCUAAAUGAAAUGAAUUAUCUAACAAGAAUUUACUACAAGGCCCAAUCUGAUGGUAUCUGGGGUGAACAUGAAAUUGAUUACAUUUUGUUUCUGAGGAAGGAUGUAACCUUGAAUCCAGAUCCCAACGAGAUCAAAAGCUAUUGCUAUGUAUCAAAGGAAGAGGUCAAAGAAAUUUUGAAGAAGGCAGCCAAUGAUGAAAUUAAGUUAACUCCGUGGUUUAAGAUUAUUGCAGAUGCAUUCCUCUUUAAAUGGUGGGAUAACUUAAACCAUUUGAGUCCAUUUGUUGACCACGAGAAAAUACAUAGACUGUGAAUGUGUAAUUGAUUUGAAAAUUUUUCUACCUAGGAAGAAUAGUUUGGUUUGGUUUUAAAUUGGACUCCCUUGUAUGAUACAUAGAUAUUUUACAACCAGAAUUUGUUUUGAGAAAAGAAAAAAGGAAAACUCAACUAACUUACAGUUUUAUAUUAUUUAUCCCAUAUAUAUGUACUGAUGUUUAUGAAAGACAUUUAAGAGAGGUUAUUGUGAAAUUAUGCCAUAAGUAAAACUUAAUUUAGCCUGUCCAAAUACCUGGCUAUGACAAGAUUGAAGAAAUAACCAGAACUCAUUUUUUACAUUUUGACAAACACUUUCAGAACACUUUGCUAGUUGCCAAGUGUUUUUUUAUAUCAUUGAAUUUUUAUCAUACAUCAGAAAAUUGAGCAGAAGACCCUGCUUAGCUGCUUUGAAACAGCACUAAAAGAUUAAGUGGGCAGGGCUCAGGAUACAGCUCAGUGGUACCAUGAUUGCCUUGCAGGCAUGACGUCAUGGGUUGUUGAGUUCCUAAUCCUAAAGAUAAUUGUAGCAACAAUAAAAGUAGGCAGAGCAGGUUCAGAGGAGAGUAAGUGGCCCCCUCAGUCUUCACACAGGAGGAUUAAUCUCAAGAAUCCUUGUAUAACCAAUGCUCUGGAUGCUCAAGUCUAUGGAUGAUGAUACUGUAUUUGCAUAUAACUUACGCACAUCUUUCUCCACACUUCGCCUUGUCUCCAGGGUAGUUGUAGCACUGAACACAGUGUAAGUGCUAAUGUAAAUGAUUGUUGUACUGUGCUUUAUGAUAAGGAGAAGUCUGCAUGUGCAUUACAGAUCAAAUAUUAAUAUACAGUUGCUUUGAGCCCUUGGAUGUUUCACCCACAGAUUUGAAAGGCUAGUUCUGUGUACUAAUUUUGUCAUUCUCAGUUGAUUUUGUGCUUUAACCAUCCUGAAAUUAUUAUUUUACUACUUAAUAGUAACUUACUUUUGGUAGUAAUGAUAACUGAUUAGCUAUUCAGCAAAAUCUGUUUACAACCAUAGUGAAAAAGAUGGUUAGUCAUAAGGUGAGAGUGCGUUCUACUGUAAAGAGUUGAGAAAACCUUUGACACUACCAUCGCUGGGCCUAGAGCAUCUUGUUGUAGGGGUCUGG